AUUCAAAAUUCAAGAUGGCCAGGUGUCAUGAUGGUGUCCUAGAGUGUUGUCGUUGAACUUUAUUUAUUUUGUGUGAAAAAUAUAUUGUGUUUCAUAAUGGCUGACAUAAUAUACCAGAGUCUUGACAUAUCAAACCUUCCGGAUGAUAUCAGAGACAAAUUAGCAGAAUUGGACUUGGAAUUAUCUGAAGGGGACAUCACACAAAAGGGAUAUGAGAAGAAGCGAACACGUCUUCUGGCACCCUACAUUGCUCAACAACAGUCUCAAGCAGGAGGGCAUCCGCCUCGCGGGCCGAGAGGCGACGGCGGCAGCAGUCGGCAGCACACAAGGAACCGCCGAACUCACCGCCGAGUGACGCACAAUGAGAAGAGAUACCAUUCAGAGGUAAGACAGGAGGCGGUGCAGCAGGCGCUCGCGGAGAUGCAGAACAGACCGAAGCCCUCGCUGCCGAUGCCAUCCAAACGCACCUCCAUGAUGGCGAAGAGCCCUGAUAGGGAAAGACAUGAUCUCUCAUCAAGCUCGGACGAAGACUCGUGCGCGGGUGACUCGGAGCUGCCCCCGCCGCCGGAGCUGGGCUCGCCCCCCUCCCGUCGGCCGGCCGCGCCGCACCCCCGCGCGCACCCGCACCCGCUGCCGCAGGCGCACCACCCGCGCGACAAGAAGCACGCGCCCAGGGAGAAGACGGACAUAGACCUGUCGGACAUCACGCACCUGCCCACUUAUAUCCAACCUGAUGUGACGCACACGUCCGCGGGAGCCCGUCGCGGGGGAGCGCUCGUCGCUGACCGGGUGCAGUGCUACUCGCAGCCGGAGGACACCGGCACUGGCACCGGCAGGUGGAAGGUGUCAGCCAAGAUACAACAACUUCUAAAUACGCUCAAACGGCCGAAACGGAGGCCGCUGCCGGAAUUUUAUGAAGAUGACGAUAUUGAGUUAGAAAUCGCGGCAAAUCCAAAAGAUCCUAACGCCCCUAAACCAGAAGGAGGAACUAUGACUCCAGCAGUCGGUGAACAGCUGGUGGUACCGGCCGGGUUGCCGAGGAAUUUAGAAGCAGCACUACAAAGAUACGGCACGGCUUCAUUUAAAGCGAAUGUCGCCACCGUACUCGAUCCGAACGGGAAGCUCAGCAACUCUUUGACGUAUGGAAAGCUACUCAGCCGCUCACUGAAGAUCGCGUACGCGUUGCUCAACAAAGCUUUUACAUCGAAGUCCAGCAGCGGGGGGCCCAUAACAGGGGACAGUACCCUGAAGCCAGGGGACAGAGUGGCGCUAGUGUACCCUAAUAAUGACCCGAUAAACUUCAUGUGCGCGUUCUAUGGGUGCCUUCAAGCAGGGGUGGUGCCGGUGCCUAUAGAGGUGCCGUUGACCAGGCGGGAUGCGGGGCUCCAGCAAGUGGGAUUCCUGCUCGGAUCCUGUGGGAUCCAGUACGCGUUGACUUCGGAUGCGUGUUUGAAAGGGCUGCCGAAAACAUCUUCCGGUGACGUGGUCUCGUUCCGCGGCUGGCCGUCCCUCCACUGGGUGUCGACUGAGAAGUUGCCGCGGCCGCCGCGCGACUGGAUCCCGCCGCCGCGCCCCGCGGAGGACACGCCGGCGCACAUUGAGCACACGUCCGCCGCGGACGGGUCGGCCAUGGGCGUUAUUGUUACGAGGGCGUCAAUGCUGGCCCACUGUCGGAUGCUGUCCGUGGCGUGCAACUACACGGAGGGCGAGCACAUGGUGUGCGUGCUCGACUUCAAGCGCGAGACGGGGCUGUGGCACGCCGUGCUGGCGAGCGUGCUCAACGGCAUGCACGUGAUAUUCAUACCGUACGCGCUCAUGAAGGUCAGCCCCGCGUCCUGGAUGCACAUGAUCACCAAGUACAGGGCAUCGGUGGCGAUAGUGAAGUCGCGCGAUCUGCACUGGGGCCUGCUAGCGACGCGCGACCACAAGGAGAUAUCGCUCAGCUCGCUGCGCAUGCUGCUCGUGGCGGACGGCGCCAACCCGUGGUCGCUGUCAUCGUGCGACCAGUUCCUCUCCGUGUUCCAGAGCAAAGGUGUGCGCGGCGACGCGAUAUGCCCGUGCGCGUGCAGCAGCGAGUCGAUGUCGGUGUGCGUGCGGCGCGCGGGCCGCGGCGGCUCGUCGGCGGGCCGCGGCGUGCUGUCCAUGUCGGGCCUGUCGUACGGCGUCGUGCGUGUCGACGCGGAGAACUCGCUCACGUCGCUCACGCUGCAGGACUGCGGCCAGGUUAUGCCGUCGUGCGUUAUCGUUGUGGUAAAAAUGGAGGGUCCAGCAUAUCUCUGCAAGACGGACGAAGUGGGCGAGAUCUGCGUGUUGUCCGGGGCAACCGGGUCCGGGUACUGGGGGCUGCCCGGGCUCACCAACACUGUGUUCCGGGUUCGACCGCUGGAUGCAGAUGGUGAAGCAAUUGGCGAGGAGCACUAUGUGAGGAGCGGUCUGCUGGGAUUCUUGGGGCCCGGAGGUCUCGUGUUCGUUUGCGGUUCCCGCGACGGGCUGAUGACGGUAACCGGCCGCAAGCACAACAUGGACGACAUCAUAGCGACCGUGCUGGCAGUGGAGCCGAUGAAGUUCAUAUACCGGGGGCGUAUAGCGGUGUUCUCUGUGAGGGUGCUGCGGGAUGAACGGAUUUGUAUAGUGGCUGAACAGCGCCCGGACUGUGGGGAGGAGGAGUCAUUCCAAUGGAUGUCACGCGUCUUGCAAGCGGUGGACUCGAUUCACCAAGUGGGGAUAUAUUGCCUGGCGUUGGUUCAGCCCAACUAUCUGCCCAAAACACCUCUCGGUGGUAUACAUCUCAGCGAGUGCAAGCGAAGGUUCCUUGAGGGCACUCUACACCCAGCCAAUGUGUUGAUGUGUCCACACACGUGCGUCACUAAUCUUCCAAAACCAAGGGAAAUACACUCGGAUGUCGGUCCCGCAUCCGUCAUUGUUGGCAACCUUGUUCAAGGCAACCGCCUUGCAUCUGCGCAAGGCCGCGAUAUGGGAUAUUCUGAUGAUUCGGAUGCAGCUCGCAAGUAUCAAUUCAUAUCUCAAAUCCUAAGAUGGCGCGCGCAGAGCACAUCGGACCACGUUAUAUUCACGUUGCUGAAUUCCAAAGGAGCAGCUACUAAAGUUCUCACAUGCGCUGAAUUGCACAAAAAGGCUGAGAGAAUUGGGAAUCUUUUGUUAGAAAAGGGGCGUGUCAAUACUGGCGAUCAUGUCGCUUUAAUAUUUCCCCCGGGACUUGAUCUCAUUUGCGCAUUCUACGGCUGUCUCUACGUCGGCGCAGUUCCGGUGACAAUUCGCCCGCCGCACCCACAAAACCUCCACACGACAUUGCCAACUGUACGAAUGAUCGUGGACGUCAGCAAAGCCACACUAGUCCUCUCUAAUCAAUCUGUGAUAAAGUUACUACGCUCAAAAGAAGCCAGUAACGUAAUCGAUAGCAAGGCGUGGCCCAUAACCCUGGACACUGAUGAUAUGCCUAAAAAGAAAUUACCUAUCUUAUACAGAGCACCAACGGCUGAAAUGUUAGCUUACCUGGACUUUAGCGUAUCUACCACGGGAAUGCUGGCUGGUAUCAAAAUGUCGCACGCAGCAGUCACAUCUCUAUGUCGUUCAAUGAAAAUAGCUUGCGAGCUCUAUCCUUCGCGUCAUAUAGCGCUUUGUCUCGAUCCAUACUGUGGCCUCGGCUUCGCUCUCUGGUGUCUCAGUAGCAUUUAUUCUGGUCAUCAUUCUAUUCUCAUACCCCCCUCUGAGGUCGAAAUUAACCCUGCAUUAUGGCUCAGUGCUGUCUCUCAAUACAAAGUGCGUGACACUUUCUGCUCUUAUGGAGUGAUGGAAUUGUGCACCAAAGGCCUGGGCAGUUCAGUGAAUCAAUUAAAAGCUAAAGGCAUCAAUCUAGCCUGUGUCAGAACAUGCGUGGUCGUCGCUGAAGAACGACCUCGAAUAAACUUAACGAACUCCUUCUCGAAACUCUUCUCAGCUCUCGGCUUGAGUCCGAGAGCCGUGUCGACGUCUUUCGGAUGCCGCGUGAAUAUUGCUAUAUGUCUACAAGGCGCUUCUAGUCCUGAGCCAUCAACUGUCUACGUAGACCUGCGAGCUUUGCGAAACGAUCGCGUUUCGUUGGUCGAGCGCGGUAGCCCACAUUCCCUCUGUCUUAUGGAAUCUGGAAAACUAUUACCCGGUGUAAAAGUGAUCACAGCCAAUCCCGAGACUAAGGGUCAAUGCGGGGAUUCCCAUUUGGGCGAGAUCUGGGUGCAAUCGCCACACAACGCGAGCGGGUACUUCACUAUUUACGGCGACGAGAGCGACUACGCGGACCACUUCAGCGCGCAGCUGGUGACCGGCAACACGGGAGAGGUGUACGCGAGAACGGGUUAUUUGGGCUUUUUGAGGAGAACUGAGAUUAGUACCACUGGAACUGGCGAUGACACUUCCCUCAUAUCACGCGAUAGUGAUACUGAGUCACUGGCCUCCGCGUGUGGCAGUAUGGGAGGCUUGAUGUCCGACACGCACGACACUCACGAUGCUGUGUUUGUGGUCGGAGCGCUCGACGAAACGAUUAUGCUGCGCGGGAUGCGCUACCAUCCUAUCGAUAUAGAGAAUUCUGUGAUGCGAUGCCACAAGAAAAUAGCUGAAUGUGCCGUUUUCACAUGGACCAAUCUACUAGUAGUCGUGGUAGAACUAGACGGUAACGAUAGCGAAGCUCUCAAUCUGGUACCGUUAGUCACCAACACGGUGCUCGAAGAACAUCACCUCAUAGUCGGCGUCGUGGUCGUAGUCGACCCCGGAGUCGUGCCGAUCAACUCUCGCGGCGAGAAACAACGCAUGCACCUCCGAGACGGCUUCCUUUCGGACCAAAUAGACGCCAUUUAUAUCGCAUACAACAUGUAAUAUUCACCCAAGCACGGAAUACGCAAACGGUCCGACACAGUCAAACGUAAACCAAAAAAGUGAUCGCACAAUCGUCUGUGGUUGUCCGAGCAAUGUGUCACUGUUUGUGUAUCUCCUUGCGCCACCACGCCAUACUUUAAUCAAAGAUUCGAUCACAUCAACACUGUACCUACAUACGGUGUCCCAUCGGUUAUUAUUAGUGUCAAGCAUAAAUAUACCGCCGAUAUAAAAUCAGUGUUUAGCUUUAUUAUCUUAUCCCUUAAGACUUUUCUAAUGUAUCUGUAAUGAGUGUUGUUGGAUUACGUAAUUUAAAAUUACUGCACAUUAUUCUUUGAAGCGAAACAUAAUAUUAUCACUUUUAAAUAUCGAUUAUCAGUCAUGUCUAGAAACAGAAUCCAUUUUUUUGUAAUGUUUCUAGGUGUCAUUAAAGAAACUACUCGAGCUGUAAGAGUAGGUGGUUUGUCUGAUAUCGACACAAGACUGAUUAAAGUCUGAAUACUUUGUUUAAUAUUAAUUUAAGAUCACUUCAAUAAAUAUCUUGUGUCACGGUGUGUGCCGGAUUUCACUAAUGUCGAAUAAGAAGUAAAUUAACACAAAAUAGACAAUUGUUAGCACAUAAAUCCCAAUUUAGUGGCGUCUAUCGCUCUUCAUGUAAAAUGAUGUUGAAUUAUCUUCUAUUAGCAUUUUAAGUAGGGACGUAUAUAAAUUAUUAUCGUAAUUGUCUUUGAGCAUGCAUACAGCUUGUAUCGUUCUAUUGUACACAAUUAUAUUGUUGUGAUUAUUGUGAAACAAGUAAUUUUUAAUGUUAGUUCGUAUAUAAAUGUAUUACUACCGAUAAAUAUAAUAGCGUUAGUGAGUAUUGUGUAAACAUAAUAUAUUGCAUUUAAUGUCUUGAUUUAUUUCACGUUUGCGUUAUGUAUCUUAGACAAUAAACUUGACUGAUAGGGUUCACGGUCCGCGCAAAAAGUACAAUGGCCUUUAAUAAAGAACUGAGCUCAAUUCAAACCAAUGGUUCGACACUUGGAGCCCAGUAGACUACGACUUGCCACCUAGGAAUUGGAAUAAGCAUCGACUGUUGAAAAUCCUACCUUACUCAAAAAUAAUUACCUGUGCAAUGUGCAUCACUGUGAAUGUAAAUAAUAAAUAUCAGUAAACUUGAAGUUCUAUUUAAGGUAACUUUGUCGUAGUCUACAUAAAGCUUUAGCAGUUUUUACUUAUACAUUUACAUUUAUUUUUAAUCAUAACUUGUGCCAAGUUUCCAUUAUAGCUCAUGUGGAUUUUAUACAUCCAUUUUUUAGGUACUAAUGGUUGUAGUGGAAUCUUAGUGUUGAAGUUAAUUUACGCAGCGUUUUUUUAGCUUUUUAUUUUAUAAGCUUGCUUGCAAUAUAGAUUUUUUUCUACACGUUUAAUAUAUGUGAUAUUCAGACAAAAAAAUACUAAUAUAAAAACACACUAUGACUCUACUUAGCUGUUAUGAAUCACUUCGAACAAUAAACAUAAUAUUAUUGAUUCGCAAGUAGAAAAUACGCAAUUUUCACAAUUGUACGUGAAUAAAUGUAGCGUAGUGUAAGGAUAGCUUAAUUUUUAUUUGUUAUCUGUAUUCCAUUCCAGUAUGUUUUGAAUAGCAGAUAAUUCUUAAAUAUUCAUUUUAUAGAUCAUUGAAUUAUUAAAUUUAAUUAAUUAUUUACCGAUAUUUCUUUAUAAUCAUAUUUUAUUUAAUGUCAUUAUUUAUUGCUAAAUUGUACAUAUAAUUUUGUUAUUUAUUUUUACGUUGAAUGGUUCUGUUUAGCAUAAUAUGUUGUUUUGAUAGGAGUCACCGGAGUUGUGUUAGAAUUUUAUUACAUGUAAAGGAUUUAGAACUUUUAUUUACAAUCGCUUGAUUUCAUCACUAUAAAGGAAUGUUUUAUCGUAUAAUUAUUUUAAACAUAGUCAUCUUACAAUGUAAGUAUACAAGUAGUUAAUAAUAAUAACUCAAAUUAAUGUUUAAUGAACAAAUGUCUUAUUCAUAAUCCUAUUUCGUAACUUAUUAUUAUUAUGCAUAAUUUGUAGGUACGAGGUCCGGCAGUGAAAUUUAACCAAUCUAUAUGUCAUAAUAAUAGUCAUUGUAAAGUGUUUGUCAGAACAAAGUUUAAUCAACGCAACCAAUCACUUAUAAUGGUAUUGUAAAUUUUUAAAAUAAUAAUUGUCAUAUGUGAUCUAAGUGAUACAAAUAAUGUGCGCACAAAAUUGUAACUUUUCGGCAAUAACUUGUUAUAAAAAUAUUUUAGAAAAUUGACAUUACUUAUGUAUCAGAGUUUGUACGACGUCGCCAAAAUGGCCUGUUAGGACUUUGUAUCCGCUUUACAAUUGUGAUUAUUUUCUGGAACAUGAAUAAAUAAACUUGCUCUUUAA